AUUUUAGUCUUCCGCUAGUUCGCUACUUAGAUUGCAGGUUGAAAUUGGAGUGCCUAGGAUUAAGUGAAUUUUUCCAUAAAUUUAAAUUUUCUUUUAAGUAAAAAUAUUCCACUUUCUUCUGCGCAUAUUUAAUACAAUAUUUGUUCUACGGUUGGUGCGGAAAUUCGGUGCAUCUAAGCGUGUAUUCGUGCGGUAGUGAGUUGCUUUUCGGUUCGACGGGUCCAAAAGUCCAAACGCCACCGCCGCACACAUUGUUGUCAUUACGUUGUGUUGCUUUUAUCACUUUGUUUGUUAUUGCAACUGACCAAGUGACUUAUUUACAACUCAGUGCCUACACCAAUAACAACAACAAAAUCUAAUUACCAAAAUAUACUGCUUUGUUUACGUUCACUUUUAAGAAUCUAACAUAUCGAAGCAGUCAACAUGGCCACUCUACUGAAGCUGGCAAAAGCUAAUAGACUGUUCCAUCCAACAUUCGUCCGCAGCGUUUCCGAUGUGGCCAAAUAUCCCAAAAUUACCACCCAUUAUACGAUACAUCCACGCGACAAAGAUGAACGUUGGAAAGAAGUUGAAAUGGAGCGUUAUGUAGAUGAAGUGGAUAUAGUUAUAGUCGGCGGUGGUCCGGCGGGUAUGUCGGCUGCCAUACGCGCCAAACAAUUGGCCGCAGAGCAGGAAAAGGAACUACGCGUCUGCGUCGUGGAGAAGUCCGCGGAAGUCGGUGGUCACAUACUUUCGGGCGCAGUCAUCGAUCCGAUUUCGUUGAAUGAACUCUUUCCAGAUUGGAAAGUGUUGGGCGCACCGCUGAACACACCAGUUGGCACCGAUCAUUUUUCACUGCUCACCGCUAACGCGCGCAUACCGCUACCCAUCUUCAAAGGCUGGCCGAUGGACAAUCAUGGCAAUUAUAUUGUACGGCUUGGCCAUCUAGUAAAAUGGUUGGGUGAACAAGCCGAAGCGUUGGGUGUUGAAAUUUACCCUGGCUGUGCAGCCUCUGAAGUUCUCUUCCACGACGAUGGCAGCGUCAAAGGUAUUGCGACCAAUGAUGUGGGCAUUGCCAAGGAUGGUUCGCCGAAGGACACAUUUGCGCGUGGCAUGGAACUACACGCGAAGACAACAAUAUUCGCUGAAGGUUGUCGUGGACAUCUGAGUAAGCAGCUAAUGCAGCAAUUCAAUUUGAACGAGGGUAGUCAACCGCAAACGUACGGCAUUGGUUUGAAGGAGAUAUGGGAGAUACAACCCGAGAAGCAUGUACCCGGUUUGGUGGAACACACAAUCGGUUGGCCCCUGGACUUUCACACAUACGGUGGUUCCUUCCUGUAUCACUUGAAUGAACCGACACCAACAAUCGCGGUGGGUUUUGUGGUCGGUUUGGAUUACAAAAACCCCUGGAUUAGUCCCUUCCAAGAGUUCCAGCGUUUCAAGACACAUCCGAAGGUGCGUCCCGUUUUCGAGGGUGCAACGCGUAUCGCGUAUGGUGCGCGUGCCAUUAAUGAAGGCGGUUUCCAGAGUUUGCCCAGUAAACUGAGCUUCCCUGGAGGUUGCUUAGUUGGCUGCAGCGCCGGCUUUCUCAAUGUGCCGCGUAUCAAGGGCUCACAUUAUGCUAUGAAAAGCGGUAUGUUGGCGGCGGAGAGCGCCGUGGAGGCGAUCAACAGCGAAUCUCAAGCAACAGCUGGACUUGAGCCGAAAUCCUAUGCCGACAAAAUUCAAAAUUCCUUCAUCUGGAAGGAUUUGCGCGAUGUGCGCAAUGUACGCCCCUCUUUCCACAAUCCACUCGGCAUGUAUGGUGGUCUUGUUUUGAGCGGUUUCUCGAUAUUUACGGGUGGUCGCGAACCGUGGACACUGAAACAUGGUCCGGCCGAUCACGCGUCCCUCAAACCAGCUAGUCAAUGCCCACAAAUUGUUUAUCCCAAACCAGAUGGCAAAGUUUCCUUCGAUCUACUCUCCUCCGUGGCCUUGACCGGCACUAAUCAUGAAGGCGAUCAACCUGCUCAUUUGACUUUGAAAGACGAUCGCAUACCGGUCGAUCACAAUCUUGCGAUCUAUGAGGGUCCCGAACAACGUUUCUGCCCAGCUGGUGUGUAUGAGUAUGUGCCCAAUGAUGAGGGUGGCAACAUGAAGCUACAAAUCAACGCACAAAACUGUAUCCACUGCAAAACCUGUGAUAUUAAGGAUCCUAAGCAAAACAUUAACUGGGUGGUGCCCGAGGGUGGCGGCGGUCCAGCCUACAAUGGCAUGUAAAAUGUCGUGAGCUGUGCCACCGUUGUUUUAGUGCUGAAACCAGCGAUGUGUUUAGUCUGUUGUUGCAUUUGAUUUUAAGUUUAAUUUUUGUUUCGAACC